AUGCCGAGUCUCAAGCAAGGUCAACAGGCCAAAUAUCAUUCAAGCUGUCAAAACGGUUCGGAACAAAGUCAACGUUGGUUGAAGGUUUCCGUCGUGUGGGCUUUGAAAGACAAGGUUAAGUCUAAGAAACAUUUCGAGAAAAAUAGUUCUGACACGUAUGAAAGUCCUUGGCCUGGGCACAAUACUCGAGUAGCAAGGAGCAAUCUCGUUCUCAGGGCCUCUCGGCCACGUGCAACCUUCAUAGGCCCUGGGAUACACGGAAGGGGAAGUACAAGAAAAGUGCAGUAAUUUCUAAAGCGCAUGCUCUUGAAUUGGGACGCUUUAGGACCCGUAACAAUUUUCACAAAGAAGUAUUACGAAGAAACGAAGUAUUUGUGUUGACAUAUUUUGAUAGAAUAAUUUUGGGAAAUAGCAGUUCUCUGAGAAGCCAAUCAGAACUCUCCCUAUAGUCCUCUAACCCAGAGCCUAAUUUUCAACGACUGACCGAGUGAAAAUGGCCUCUGGGGACGAGAAUUGUUAGGGCGCGGUCAUUUUUUACGCCCAGGGGUGGCACCGAAAAAAAUUUCCGGACGUAGCACAAAAAAAUUUCCGGACGAGACACUCAAAUAUUUUCAAAAUUGGCCCGACGAAUUUGUAUGGAUAUACCCAACGAAAUAGAAAGACUUGGGGUGUUACCCCCCCCCCCCCAGUAGUUUCGCCCCUGCCGGUUCGGGCGCCUUCGCACGAAACGUCGAAGUUUUACUUGUAAUUUUGAAUCCCUACCCAUCUUACAGUUUUCUGGUGUUUUUUUGUCACCACCAGACUAACAGUGUCCAUCUAUUUCAAACUGUUUUGGCGUUCUCCACAUGACAUGUCACACGGGUGGCCAAAAUGUUUUGCUUGGUCUAUUGAAAUGUAUAAAUACUGCAAGAAUCGUUUACAUUUUCAAGUAGUUUUCCGUUUCAUCGUGAAGGCUCGAUCUUGCGUAAUCACCAAACUAAAACUAACUGCAGUUUAUACUGGUUAACUAUAUCACUUCUAAACUGGUCUCUUGAGGUCCAAUGAAGAGCUAAAUCUUACUGCCAAUCGUUUCAUGUACUGGUGCUGUCAAGGCCCACUCCCACGGGUACGACUAGUCGAUUCUAAUUGUCAUUCUGGCAUAUGAAAAUGACUGCUGACGCCACUAUUCAUGUUCAGAUCAAUUUAUGGCGAAAUUUGACAUGUGACAUCUUUACACGCAUUCAUUCGAGCAUGAACAUACGCCUGUAGAUGGGCCUUCUGCCUUUAAUGUCUUUAAUUUCGAAAUCUGAUCUAAAAGUAGCACUCCAGGUCUUUAUGAGGUCAGCGUGGCCGCCGGUUGAAUUGCGCACCGCACAAAACACUUUCCAGUUAAAUAUAGCUCAAUGAUUCCACGUUGAAAAAGGACACAAUUGAAUUUGAUGUGAAUUUUAAUGCGGGUAUUUCCCCUUUAUAACUGGGUUGCCUGACUAGCAUGCUUGACUGGUUUUGACCAAUUGUAUAUCUGCCAUGUAAUGUAUGCACGAAGGAUGAUGAUCCUGUUUAAGUACGGUUGGAAUAAAACGCGAAUGCGGAAUUACGGAAUGAAAACGGAAGUGCGAACGCGGAAUAAGACGGUAAAAGAACGCAGAAUCGCAGUGGGCCACCCGCAAAUUUAAUCUUCGUUUCUGUUGACAGAUAAAUGUAGAUAGUAGCAAUUUUAUUUACGGUUCUAUGAAAUUUCCCCAUAUGUCUAUAAUAUACAUGGUAUUUGAGCCUGUGGAAUUUCUAUGCGUACUUGUGUUGAAUGGCCUACAGUCAGACUAAAGUCAAAGGUUUUGAACUGAAAUAACGUUCAAACGGUUGCAGAAAAAUGUCCGACCAGAAUUUUUCGAAUAUGGAUGGACAUUUCAUUUCGGGGACUGUCCGAUGUCCGACCGGUAUAUUUCAGGCUCUGUUCUGCGUCUGGGAUCUUAUUACUGCAGAUCAAAUCGUUUUUAUCUUGCAUUAGUAUAACUAACCUUAUUAUAUUCUUCCAGGUUUUUGCUCGGUUUUUCCAGCUUUCUACUUUCCUAUCUUAAUAAAGGUAAGUGCUUCUGUAUACUAUAGUAACCAUAUUUUUGGAUCUUGAAAGGGUUUAUGCGCAUUUUCUAAGAAAUUUUGAGAUUUUUCUGUUUUAGCUAUUUUGUGGGAUUUUUAGUGAUUUUAUAGGAAGAUUUGGGAUUUUAGGAAUUUCUACAUUUUGGCAGGAUUCCAAGAUUUUUCGGAAGAUUUUUUUAUUUCUGGAUUUUUCGAGUAAUUCACCUCUCGCAUUUCUGUUUUUUUCAGAGAACCCUGGUAUCUUAUUCGUUGGUCUGAUCGUGGCUUGCAUUGCAAAUAUUAUGAUGUUCAUGACACCGCAAGCGGUAAGAAAGCCUGUUUUUGUAUUCCAGCCACAGUUGACAGAUGAGCCACUUUUCGUAUCAAAGAUGACGACUAGCAAAGCCCUGGUGAAAACGAGGAUGAGAGUUGGCAAGCGAGAGUUUGCACGAGAAUUUUCUCAACUCGAAAUACCCCGGUCAAACGAGAACAAGAGUUGCAUGAGAAUUGAUGAAACGUAACAUCAAACGAGCAAAAAUUAGCUAAAAAUUGAUACGAUUUGGUGAGUCAUGAGUGCAUGAGGCCCAUGAGAGUUAAUGAGAGCUGACGGUUAAACGCGAGCAAGAGUUGCAACUCUCAGUGGAUUUCGGCUUGGAUUUCCAAAUUAACAGAUUCAAUGCAUUGAAUAAUUUUGCCAAUUCCGUGCUCUGACGCACGCGGUUUAAUUAAGCGCGCGACAAAUGUUAAUGACUGCUGUUUACACAAACGCCGUGACCUUGCGAAGCGCGCAAGGGCAGUGUUUGCGCAAUAUGAAGGUAUUAUUAUAAAAUACCAUUACGGCGAACGGAAACAGCACGAGAGCGCGAUAACCCGAGGGGAUUAAUGCAAAUCCUUGUCUGAGCAUGAAAGAUGCGAGUUGUAUGCGGAACAAAUUAUACUACCUUGCACACUGCCUUGCAAUGACAUGAACAGUUGAUGAACGUACACUUGAGCUUUGACACAUGGGUUGUCAGUGAAUGUGGCUUUCGCAUUUACAUGUAUAUUUUAUAUAUAUUUAAUCAACAAAAAUACCAGUUUUGGUAUAUUAAGAUACAUACAUAAAAAUCUAUCACUCCAUUACUCACAAAAAUAUAACAACUUUUCAAAUAACCUAAUUUAAACUUUAAAAAACUGCUAAAAUGUUGUAACAGUAUUGGGCAGACAAGUUCAUAAUAGUCUUGUCUUCAAUAGUUGAAUAGCCAUAGUAUAUUUAAAAAGAUAAUUUACGACCUGCAUAGUUUGAUUCCUACCUGUCAAUAUGCAGUUGUCUCAUUAAUAAAUUUCACCUAUAAGGCCACAUAAAAAAAAAUAUUUGCUGUGUUGGUGUAAUGUACUCAGGUGAAUAAGAUGCUUGUGUGAUGUUACUCUGAGUGUAGAGCAUUGGGCUAGUAUUCCAAAGGUCGUAGGUUCGAAUCCCACCGUGGCCAGGCAUAUUUUUCAAGCCUGCCCGGUGUGGAUAUACACUCAGAGUAACAUCACACAAGCCUAAAAAAAAUAGUUGGUUAGCGUCCUUAGCUUUUGUCAAAAUUUUUACCUAUUUUUAACGCCUUGGUUUUAGUUCCGAAACUGGAUUUUCUUGCACAGUACAGAUAUUUUUUUAUAUAUUUCAAAAUAUGAUUCAUACCGUCAUUUUCGCACGCAAUUUCGCAACUUACUAACACAAUUGAUUACAGUCAACAGAAAUACUACAUAUAUUAGAGCCCGUUGGUUUUUUUAAAUAAAAAAUAAAAAAAUCUUGAGCGGGGCCUUUUUUGUGGGCGGGCGAGGACGCUAACCAACUAUUUUUUUUUUAUGUGGCCUUUAAAUUUUACCCAGUCACAUGUGAGUUUGAUUGAAGAAUGCUUCUAAAACAUUACAGAGUCUCACACGACAUUCUGUUCAUCCAACUGAUCAUUCACAACUCAUCUACUUUUCCUAUUUGUAAAUCAAAUGAUGUAGGUGGCGAAUAUCAUUACUUUUCAAGUUGUGAUACUGAUGAUAAUUAAGUUAGUAAAUCUUCGAGAAAAUCUCCAAUUAGGAAUUAAUAGUAGCUGUGUGUCAGCAGAAGAGAAUCGCACUAAAAAUCUCAGCAAAAAAUGACAAGUGUAAUUAGUUUCCUCCGGUAAUCGCACUCAUCCAAUAUAAGAUCUGGAUAUAUUUCCACUUACAUAACCACAACAUAUUUCUGGUCAGACGGGUUGGUGUUUACACAGCGCCGUUCACCUGUCCACAUGUCAACACCUGUAUUUAUAACCAUGGGAGACUAACCCUGCCUAUUCAUUCAUUUCACCUGUUCACCUCUGCCACGUGAACUUUACCUUGCGGCUCUGACGUGCGUUGUCUGUUAUUUGAGGAAUGGUGGUGAAAACAGGUUUUUUAGUAAUCGGACUUUGGAAUCUUUAGAAAUGAUGAACAUUAUGUGAAAUCGAAUAUAAUUAUGAACAUUGUUUAUUUAUCCAUGCAAUAGUUUGUACGUGUCGAAAUUCAUUCCUUGAGGGGCUGUUUUAUGAGACCUACAUGAUGAUCUUAAUAUACAAAAUAUAUGUAAAAAAAAAUUCUUGCCAGAGCUGAGUCAUACGUGUCACUUCCUGAAUCACGCAGAAGAACUUCCUCAUGACUUAUUUUUUAUUUAUACUGAAUAACUGUUUAAAUCUCGGUUUAAAUUGUUCUCCCUAUAAAUCCGUAACAUUCCAGUGAACAUUAUCCCUUGAUGUUCCAGUGUUUCUACAGGAGGAAACCUAAACAAAAUUAUUGGGAGGGGGGGCUGCAGUCCCCGCCCCUUCCCCCACCCAAUAUUUUUUUGGUCGGGCAGUUUGUACUUAAAAAUCGGGCGGAUUGCACUUCAUUAAAAAUCGGCCACAUGAUUAAAGGGAAGAGCGGCGCGAAUCAAAAUAGUCGAAAUAGGAAGAAACUGUUGCUUCCUUUUUCCAAAUUGUCUUAACGAAUGUUUCAGGAAUAACGAGCUUGCUUGCGGUGCGCUUAUCAAUUGUGAAUUCUGUAAUUGCAGUGUAUGCAGAGGUUCAAGAAAGGUCGUUCCACGCUCAUUGGACUAUACUGUGGUGCCUGGGUUGCAUCUUCACUUGCUUUUCUCGGCUUUAAGGUAUGUCAAUUAUUUAGGCGGAGGGCCUAAAUUCCAGGUUGCAAGCGGGUUGGUGCAGGUUGAUGAGAUAAAGAUGGAUUGUGGAUAUUUUUAUGUUGUUUUAGGCAAUAAAACCUAGGUCUUCAUCUUAACCAAAACUCCAAAUCCUAACCACCAACCUGCAAAUUCAACAUGUUAUUUAGACCCGGCUUGUUGAUUAAGUUGAGUUGUGGUUAGGUUAGAGGUUAGAUGUGGAUUAAGUUCAUGAUCUAUACCAACCCCUCCGGUACGAACCCCUUCCCUCCCCCACACUUUCCCCACUCCCCCCCACCCCUUCCCCUCUCCCCCACACCUUCCCCUCUCCCCAACACCUUCCCUCUUCUCUUCCUCUCUCUCCGUAGUCCACAUAUUCUACGGUGCCCCUCACACCUCACUUCUUUCUUUCUCUAGGUCUUGUACGAAAACGGUGGUGUGAGUAUCGCGUACUUUUUCCGAUUCCUAGCCGUCGGUUGCGUCUUCCUAUGUGUCAAUGCUGCCCUCCUUUAUCCCGACACCGCCAUCCCGCCACGAGAAGAAAAAUCGGAAAGCAAACAAAUUGUCGAACAAAAACCGUUCAAAAAAGCCAAGCACUCUUGUUUCAAAGAAGAACUUCAAAAAUGCAAACUUUGCCUUGGGCACAUGAUCAACGGCAGAAAAGAGACUUCAUUUGACAACUCGGCAAAAGCUGAUCAAGGUUCUGAUGAGUGGAAUCAAUUAAUACCAAACCACAUAUCAAAUUCUAAGACAGCUACGGACUUGAAUUCUAGCGUAGAAACAGACAAUACGUACAGUGAAUCAUCUAGGCAGAUAUGUAAUGUUUUUGGUAAAACCAGUUCGAAUGCCAUACAGUUGACAAGCACAAAGACCAUGCUAGAUCUCUCAGAAAGACAGGAUCCAACAUCUAGCAUUCUCGGACAAUGUCGUGAUAUCAAGCGAGUUACUUACGCAGAGUGUCCCACAUUGAGCUCGUGCUCUGGCUCAAAAGACAAUGAACAAUUAUGCAAGGUUCACAUUGCCGGUCAGAAUGCUGACCCAAAGAGUGAGCCGAAAACAACGACAGUUGCCCAGCAAGAUUGUCCAAAAAGAGACGAGGAAAUUCUGCUGAAAAGUGAUCAAAAACCUCUGGAUAACAGGUAGGUCAAUAACAUUCCUAAAUGUCAAAGUAAGCUGCCGUGGUUUGUGUAUAAACUACUUGGAGAAAUUUUGUUUAAAAACACUUCGACAUUUUUCAAGGAAAUGCCGUUUGUCGGGAGGUUAAGGUGAUAUUCCACGAGGCAGUCUUUCCUGCGUGAUUGCCAUCCGACGUUUUGUUCCCGGGGCUUAAGACCCAUUUCGACUCAAGAAAAAUUUCCACGAACAGAAAAUGUUUCGAAAAUAUCAUUGUUAAAAGUUGAAAAUUUUGAAGUGUUUUUAAAUCUUUUUUCAGUUAGUUCAUACGUAAACUACCUCAGUUUCGUGUAGUAUACUAUACGCUGGAUCAAUGCGUUUGAAAUGUCAUGCCCAGUGCUAAAGGUAUUAUUGUAAAUCUCUUGCGAGCAACUGCAAAUCAACAGUUCACGAUGCACAAAUUGGAGGAAUUUGUGGUUACUGUCUUUCUCAUUCUUCGUUUUCAGGUUUGUUUAAAACAGGAACCAGUGUUACACCUUGAAGUGUUUACAUGAGGCCUACAUAAGGGGCUGACCCUUCUCACAGGGAUAGUUUUAAGUGCAAGUAGAAAAUUAACCUAUAUAGAGCGCGCUGCGCAGCUUCCAUUUCGAACCCAAAGACAAGUAGCUACCCGCCCCAUUCACAUGGAAAUUGAGCAGUCUCGGCCUUUUUCCUCACAUGUUGUUGUGAUGACAUUGCUUGGGACAAGUUGUUGCCUGCAUCUGUGUUUGAACCACAUGAAAAGGAUAAAAAUACUCGAUAUUUCUACGACGAUUAGCGUUAACUCUGGGAUGAAAUUUAACCCACUUCAGAAAACAAAACGUCUACUAAACCGCACCUGAUUUCGUAACAAACACUUCCAAGUUUACAAACAUACCGUUGGGAAGUUUAGUUUGAUGUUCUAUAUUAACCUUAGAGUUAUGGGAUGAAGUUAGUCGGCUUUCCAACAACCAUUCCCAGGAGUUGCAUUGGCAGUACUUUUAUCUGGUGCAUAGUGCCUUCUUCGCCGAAAUAUCGAAGUAUUUUUAAAAUUUACACUACUCUCAAUUUUUGGUACGGCACGGAUAAAAUUGGUACCCGUACCACUUUUUUGGUUCUUGGACUACCUAUUUAGGUAGUCCAAGAACCAAAAAGUGGCACGGUACCAAAAAUUGAGCGUAGUGUAAACGGGGCUUAGCUAAUAUUUAGGUAGUCCAAGAACCAAAAAGUGGCACGGUACCAAAAAUUGAGCGUAGUGUAAACGGGGCUUAGCCUAAAUAGGUAGUCCAAGAACCAAAAAAGUGGUACGGGUACCAAUUUUAUCCGUGCCGUACCAAAAAUUGAGCGUGGUGUAAACGGGGCUGUUUUUCAAAUGGUCCAGACAACAACCACAGCAGCUUAUAUAUCGUAUAGAAUAGCGCCUCCUGAGGACUUGUUCUGAUGCAGCCUGCAAGAACGGUCCUGUAACCACAAACUAACAUGACUUUUUCUUUAGAGGACUUCAAUUGGAAAGCGAUUUAAGCAUUUCCCUAGAAUAGAGGGCAGCAUUUGUAUGUAGGAAUCAUGUAAAUAUGCUUUGUUUUGCAAUGUUUGGUCAGGUGAAAGAUUAAGUACAUAGGCGGCUGAUCAGGGGGCUAGAGGUCUAACCCUUCCCAACUUUGAAAAGGGGAUUAGACCCACCAAAAUUUUAUUAUAUGAUUUAUAAAUUCUAAGUUUUGAAGGAUUUGUAAAAAAAUAUUUGAGUGAACUGAGUGAGUGUGAAGACAUGAGUCAGUUCCCUUAAACAUUUCUUACAAAUCUUUCAAAACUUCGAAUUCGCCUAUGCAAAAUCCCCACUCUACAGAAACUUUGAUAGUUUAAUCCAGUCUUAGCUGCAAGUAGCUACUUAAUCUGCUCGCCUGCGACCAGCCUAUUGCAUUGCAACGUAACACUGUGAUGAGUUGGUGUGGUGUAACAAAUGCUCAUGUGCUUUCUUUCGAUAGAUCCGCAGAUAUUCAAGUGUGGACUGCUAUUUCUGCGGGUUGGUUUUGACAGUUGUUGUAAUCUUAAAUUCUUCUGCCAAUUAGUCAAAGCCUGUAGAAACACCGGGAUAAAGUACGCCAAGCCCAGGGCAAAACGGGAAACCCUGGUGUGGAAACAUUCAUUUUCAAGGCGGACACUUGUUUUUGGGAGGGGGGGGGCAAAUAUUCAAUCAAUGACAAAAAGCUUUUGGACAGUGAUAUACUAUAUACAUAACUGCACAUUUCGAAAUACUGUUCAACGCAGGGGCGGCGGAACAGCCCCCCCCCCCCAGAAAAUUUUGUUUUUUCUGGUAAAAUUUUGAUAAUUAAGGAAAACUUUAGGGUGCUUUUUGAAGAUUUAGCUAUAAUGGGAAAAAUUUGCAAUAUUUUGUUUAAAAUUGUGUAUGUCCGGAACAAAUUUUUUGUUAUGGGUCAGGAAAAAAUUUUUUCAUCCCUUCUUGUAUAUGUCCGGAAAAAAUUUUGUACCCCUAAAAUGGUACACUGACCAAAAAACGGUAAAUGGUACACUGACCACUGGGGGGGGGGGGGUCACGGGAAAAAAAUGUAGCCCCCCCCCAAAUGAAAUCUGUUCCGCCGCCCCUGGUUCAACGUAGUAACACCAUCUCCCACUCACCCACCCACCCACCCACCCUUGGUCGUUGGCAAGCAACAUUUUGCGCACAUCUUUGCCCAAACAACAUUGAAAGGGGGGAGGAGGAGAUGUUUUGUCACUGAAUGUAGGUUGCCAAUAUGUAGCGACCUUUUCUUCCUGGAACUCUUAGUUCUUUGAAAUUUUUUAACCGUUCAAGUCAUUUUCCAAAAGUGGGAAAACCAGGACAUAUUGUUUUCCUGAAUAUCGUUAUUUCCCAAACGAUGGUUUGAUGACGAUUUCCAGAAGGUUUCGGAGAAGAAAACGUCUGAGGAAACAUCGACAUUGUCAAAUAUUUCCGCAACAUAAUAUUAUUUCCUAAUUUGCCCAGAGGUUUAGCUUUCAAAAACCGAAUUUGAAACAGUUUUACACACUUGUGACACAACUGAAUUGUAAAAUUAGUGCGCGUUUUCUCGAAAGGAGAUGGACAUAUUUUUGAGAAAAUGAGGGUGUAUGGUUUAUAUAUCCCACAAAUUUAUAUUGUAUUUUAUGUCACGUAUUUUCGGGGACGGAACCCGUCUUUGGAAAGAAAUAGAUGUAUAUUAUGCUUCCAUCAUUACUUCCAUGUCUUUGCAAUUAUUCUCCAAACUAUUGUCCUGUGAACUUGUAUGAAGAUCGUUUCUGAAUGGGUGAUUCCAGCUUUUCACUAAAUUUUGAUCUAGGCAAGAAGAACGAGACUCAUUACCAUAGCUGGAAAGAGCAUCUUAAAAUGAGUAAAAUUGCAAAGUUUGGUUGCGAAAUGUUGUAAAAUGAAGAAAAGAUAGCCCUGUGAAGUUCGCAAAUUGUGUAUAUAUUUGUAUUACACGCGGGAAAAAUAACCACUUUCGGCUCAAAAAUGGUUAUUUUUCCAGCGCGUACUAAUAUAUACAAACUUUGCGAACUUCACAGGGCUAUAUAUAUAAUUUUCCUCAUUUUACAACAAUUCGCAACCAAACUUUGCAAUUUUACUCAUUUUAAGAUGCUCUUUCCAGCUAUGGUAAUGGGUUUCGUUCUUCAUGUCCAGAUUAAAAUUUCGUCUGAGCUGGAAUCACCCAUUGUUGCCAUUGUAACCAUGCACUUCACUCUCAAACCGUAUAAUAAAAAAAUAUUAUACGGUUAUACGAUUCCCGCGUGGUUCUUCACUUGCAAAUAUACUUAACUCUCGUAUUUCUUUCAGUUUCCUAUCUAAAGUCUGGCAUAUCAUUCAAGAAUUGUGUUAUGUCAAAGCUUCAUAUCCUGGCCCAAGUAUUUCUUACCGUUUGUAAGAUUCGCACGUUGUUUUUUGUGGGCACCUUCUCAAAUUUUAUAUCUGAUCUCUGUGGUGGAGAUCGAUCAACCGGUAAGCGUGGUGAUAUAUUAAGUACCAUUUGUUGCUCUGAAGCUUAAGGAUCAAGAGGUGGAAUAAUAAUAAGCCUCGUCAGUUUGUGCCAUUUCAAUCCUAUGCGUACGGGGCUGAUGCUUUCUGGGCGACAGUUGAAAGUUUGCCUGAAUUUUUAUGGAGGAUUGUGAUGAAAUAACCUGAAUUUAACAUACUUUCUGACUAAUCUGACCGAAUUUUCUUGAUUUUACCUUGCAUUGCCCGAAUUUUCACGACUUUUUAAAGUGGCUUUCCAUGGCUUUUUUUUUUUGGGGGGGGGGGAGAGCAGUUGCUGUGCCCUAUGAUUUGUUGUUUUACUCUGUCUAAUAUUGUUAUAGAGUUGAACAAUGUUAAAAAUAACAAUAAGCCGUUCAACGGAAUUGUGUCCAGUAUGAGACUCCUAAACGUUUAAACUAAAGAAAAUACGAAUAAGCACAGUUUCAAAAUACGAUGGUCUGGAAACUGAACAGAAGUGAUUGUAUUAUGUUUUUGCCGUCGGAGUUUAUGCUAAUUUGUACACGGUCACGGUGAUUGAGCUCAUUGUCGUUUCGUAUAAUGGAGUAAUUGUCCAAUAGGGAUAGCUGAGAUAAAACGUGCAACGACGACGAACAUCAAACAAAUGUCUUCUAUUUUGUUGCUUUGAAAUUUGCCAGCUUUCAGACCAUCAUAUCUCGACUGACUAGUGACUAUGAAAUAUGUAGGUCUGUAUGUAAAACCUGCAACAAAUUUUUUUCAGUUGCUCAUUACGUGAACAUAUUCGGCAUCAGUCACAUGGGAGCAAUAGUCAUAGCUCCCCUUUUUGGCUACAUCAUUGACCGUCAGUGUUCACAACACGCAGACGAUCAUGUCAAACCUUCCAAAGACACGGAGAAACAGCAUCAAAAAUUCAUGAUGGAUAUUGAAGACACUCCUAAAGUGAUGGAUUUUAUAAUCCAAUGCAGCAGAAAGAAGAUUUUUAAAUUGAAUGAUGCAGUGUUGGUCACUGUCUCGUCCACUGUCGUAUUUUGUCUACUGUCACUGGUACCUAGCCUUACUGUACAGGUAAUAUAAUUUUUUUUCUUUGGUACUAAUUAUGGUACUAUGGUGCUAAACUAUGGUACUAUAGUAUGGUACUAUAACAUGCAUAUAAUAUGCAUUUGAGUAUUCUAUGGUAAUAUACUAUAGUACUGUACUAUGGUACUAUACUAUAGUACUAUGCUAUGGUACUAUGCUAUGGUACUAUACUAUCGUCCUAUACUUUGGUACUACUAUAAUAUGGUACUAUACUAUACUAUGAUACUAUAGUAUGGUACCAUACUGUACUAUGGUACUGUGGUACUACACUAUGGUACUAUGCUAUGGUACUAUAUGGUCCUAUAUACUAUGGCACUUUUGUAGUAUGGUACUAUUGUACUGAGGUCCUGUACUAUAUGGUAAUGGUACUAUACUACGGUACUAUGUUUCCAUACUAUAGUACUAUACUAUGAUACUAUGGUACUGUACUAUGUUGUUGUGGUAUACUAUGUUUGGUAGUAUAGGUACUAUACGAUGGUACUAAUGAUUGAAUUAUAUUUUUCAGAUCGUCACGUUUCAACUGUAUGUGUUUGUUAAAGUUGCUUUCGACACGGUGUUCACUAGCAUUCUUGUAGCCAUGUAAGUACAACCUUUCUAGAAUGACCUAAAUAUUACACAUACCAAAAUUCAUAUUUGGGGUACGUUGGUGACACUUUAAACAAUAUUUCCGCUUUUUUUUUUAGAUUUCCACAAAAUCACUUGGGGAAAUUGAUGGGUUUAGCAGCUCUGAUAGGAGCUGUCUUUUCAUUAAUUCAAUAUCCUCUGUUUAUCGUUAUGGAAGUUUGGUUUGGAGGACGAACAAUUGAGGUUGGUAUAAGCGUUCUCACUUGAGAUACCAAAAUCUCGAUAUUUACCCAUACCUUAUAUUGGCAUCACCCAUUAUGUAUAUAUGUAUAUGAACUUGUGAUUAGAGCUCGAUAACUGGCCUCUCUGUAGCUCAGUUGGUUCGAACACUACACCGGAAUCCCAGGUUCGAUUUCUCCCAGAGGGCCUGUUGUUGCAUUUUUCCCAGCCGUUACAGGUUAGGUCUAAUAAGUGCCAGAACCCCCUUUUCAAGUGGCAAAACUCCCUUUUCAAAUGGCAGAACUCCCUUUUCAAAUAGCAGAACUCCCUUUUCAAAUAGCAGAACUCCCUUUUCAAAUGCAGAACUCCCUUUUCAAAUAGCAAAACACCCUUUUCAAAUAGCAGAACUCCCUUUUCAAAUAGCAAAACACCCUUUUCAAAUAGCAGAACUCCCUUUUCAAAUAGCAAAACUCCCUUUUCAAAUAGCAGAACUCCCUUUUCAAAUAGCAAAACAUCCUUUUCAAAUAGCAAAACUCCCUUUUCAAAUGGUAGAACUCCCUUUUCAAAUAGCAGAACUCCCUUUUCAAAUAGCAGAACUCCCUUUUCAAAUAGCAGAACUCCCUUUUCAAAAUCCUUCUAUAUAUUGUUUUCAGGUCAAUAUAUUUCUCUGGUUGUUAUCUUUGCUUGGAUUUGGAUUUCCAAUCUAUCUAUGGCGCAAAGCUUCAAGACAAGAGCCGCCCAGCCUUGCUUUGGUCGUUGUAUAACAACAUACACUCUCGUCAAUAUCUGCGUAAAGUUAUAUGGUAAACACAACCAUAGAUUCGAUAAUCCACGCACUGACAGACGCUUCGCAAACAUUUGGGAUACAUGUUAAGAGCGGUUACCGACAUUGUCCCGUCCGUGUCGCUGGAAAAUUCCGACAAUCAUAACAUUUUCACUGCUAAAACAAUUUGCCUAAUGAACUUUCAUGAUUGAAAGAGAAUGUUGAUGCAACUAGCAUAGUUAUUACUUCCCCUAGUAUCCGUCACUGACGAUGACAUUGAAGAUUGACUGUGGUGUGGUCAGCACUUGUUUCCAACUACCAAACUGACAUGACGUCAUUUUCGGAAGAUGGAAGGGGUGUUAAAUGGCUAUGUAACUAGCCCAAACCCCACCCCUACUCUAACCCCUAACCGCAACUCUAACUCUAACCCUAACCAAAUUAAUGAAAAAAUCCAAAAAGAAACAACUUUAGAAACUGAUCAAAUGACGUAAUGUCAGUUUGGUAGAUGGAAACAAGUGAAAACCCUGUGGUGUGGGGUUGAUUAUGGGGGAAAGACUAAAAAAUUUAAAAGGGGAAUACUCGUCGAGGACUCGGUAUUAGACAUGCAUGAUGUGUGGAAGACUUCCUAUUAUAAAAUAACAUGUAUAUAACGCGUGCUCUGAUUGGUCCAAACCCGUGUUUGGAUCAGGCCAUCCAAACACGGAAACCAUAAAGUAAUUGACCAUUUGCGUAAUAGACUAAAUUUUGAUCUCAACAGAAAUUUCAUCACAGCUUGAAAGAGCAUCACAAAAUUAGUAAUAUUCCAAAGUUUCGUUGCGAAAUGUUGUAAAAUGCGGAAAAUAUAGCCUUGCGAAGUUUGCCGUUUUUUAGUCAUUUUAGAUUACAAAUGGGAAAUUGACAGCCUUUGAGGCUGUCAAUUUCCCGUUUGUAAUCUAAAAUGACUGAAAAUUGCAAACUUCGCAAGGCUAUAUUUUCCACAUUUUACAACAUUUCGCAACGAAACUUUGGAAUAUUACUAAUUUUGUGAUGCUCUUUCAAGCUGUGAUGAAUUUUUGUCUAGACUUGUUUGGAUCAAAAUUUAGUCUAUUACGCAAAUGGUCAAUUGUAUAUUGAAAUUAUCGAGUGGGACAGGAAUCGAACCUGCUGUCCAGCGAUUCUGGUGGAGUUGGUUAGAGCUCUGCCCCGGAAUCACACGGCCGCUGGUUCAAUUCCUGCCAGGGACCUAAAAUUGCAUUUUUCGCUUCUGUUCCUGGUUAGAGUCUAACAAAAAGAAAAAAAUUCCACUGGACAAUUUCCAUCCACAAUACCCAUCAAAUAAGAUGUAAAUAUAAAGGUCCAUUUCCACUGAGGAAAAUUUUCCAUAGGAAAAAUAUUUUGAAAAUGAAAAUUUUCAACUAAUAGUCGGAAAAUGUUCUGUCCGUGGGAAUUUUUCUUGAGUUAGCGUUAGCCAAACUUAUCUAUUGGGUGAAAAUUAUAGUAAUAUAAAUACAAAUAGGUAGUCAAAUUUUCCAUUGUUUUUAUGCACUUUUAAGCAACAUUUGGAACGCAUUGUAUAUUGAACACUUAUGUCAAGUCCAACGCAAAGUUAUAUUCGUUCUCUAAUCAAACGGAACAUUAAAGUUACCUAUUCACAUUAUUUAUGCUAUUAAAAUCAAUAAAUUGCAAUAAUAAAG